AUGGAUUCACAUGAACUAGAACCACCACACCCUCACCCACACCACCUUCAACCUGAAAAUGUUGCCCCCAAUCCACUCGCAAAGUAUGUACCAACCACCAUGAUGGAACUUGCCACAACUCAAUUCCCUAUUCUCAACAUGGAGAGUAACCCUUCCCCUUUUUUUGAUUCGUUCAACAAUGGCUUUGGUCCUUCCACCUUGAAGCCAUGUGUUGGUGCUUCAUCUGGAUCUGGUUCAAUCAAGAAAAAGAGGGGCCGACCGAGGAAAUACUUCCUUGAUGACAACAUUACUUUGAGCUUGGGAUCAGGCCCGAUCCAUGAUGCUACCAUCACUUAUCCUUCUAAUUCUAUUGUGAAGAAGAGUACAAGGGGAAGAGGAAGGCCUCGUGGCUCUUUUAAGAAGAAGCAGGAGGUUGAAGUGCUUGGAGUUACUGGCACUUCUUUCUUUCCACAUUUGAUCAUUGUGAAUCCUGGAGAGGACAUUGUUGAAAAACUUAUGACAUGUUGUCAGGGAGGAUCUAAUACAGAGAUGUCCAUUCUUUCUGCUCAUGGUUUGGUAGGCAUUGUCUCCCUUCAUCGGGAAGGAAGGAUUGUUACUUAUGAGGACAAGUUUGAACUUUUAUCCCUCUUAGGCACAUUAGAACCAUCUGAUAAUAGUGGUGGUUGUAAGAAAAUGAGUAACUUUAAGGUGUCUCUACUUACUCCGAAUUCACACCUUUUGGCAGGCGUAGUUGUUGAUAAGCUUAUUGCGGCAUCAUUGGUAAAGAUCACGGUGGGUAGUUUUACUUUGAGUGGAAAAAAGGCUAGCUCGAAUAACUUGAAAGUCGGGCCUUCUUUGACGCCAUCGUCCCAAUUUGCUGCUCCAGCCGGUGUUAUCUCUCAAGGGCCUUCAUUUGGUUCCUCUAGUGGCAAUGAGACUAGUCCUUUUAGUCAGGGGUCCGGAAUCUACAAUAAUGCUAAUCAGCUCAUUCCAACUAUAUCGAUGUACCAGAGACUGUUGGCUCGCCAAGUUCAAUUGUAA